AAUCUAAGUUCAAGUUUUUUUUUCGAUAAAAAAAGGUUUUGUUCGCUAGAAGCCUCAUUUGAAUUCAUUUUACAUGCUAUAACAUCAUAAUGGAGUGUUUUUUUCAAUCCUUGGUUAUCGUGUUUUUAUUGAAAGGGAUUCAUUUGUCUUCUGGAGACUGUGAAACAGGCUGGAGGGGACAAUAUAGUUCCUGUUAUUAUCUAAAUAAAAACAAACUGAACUGGACAGAUGCUAGGAAAUGGUGUUUGGAGAGGAGCAGUUAUCUGGCAGAGGUAGAAAGUGAUAUUGAAAACAGGUUCCUGCAAAAAAUUGCUUCUGAUGCUGGAUACGAUUGCUACUAUUACAUUGGUUUAAACAGACUAAAUUCUGAUAAUACAUGGAAAUGGAACACCAGUGGGAACUCUGUACAUUACAGUCGGUGGUAUGUAAAUCAACCAGAUGGCGACGGUCGAUGUGGGCAGUAUACCAGUGACUGGUACAAAUGGAACGAUAUCCCGUGUGAAAGAAAACAUUGCUUCAUCUGCGAAAGAACUGACAGUUGUUCACCCAACCCAUGUUUGAAUGAAGGGAAAUGUGUGCAGGAACUGGUGAACUAUACGUGUAAAUGUCCGCCAGGAUUUUCUGGUGAAAACUGCGAGAAAGACAUUUGUUCACCCAACCCAUGUUUGAAUAGCGGGACAUGUGUGCAAGAACUGGUGGACUAUACAUGUGGGUGUCCGCCAGGAUUUUCUGGUGAAAAGUGCGAGAAAGACGUUUGUUCACCCAACCCAUGUUUGAAUAGCGGGACAUGUGUACAGGAAAAUGUUAACUAUACAUGUAAAUGUCCGCCAGGAUUUUUAGGUGAAAACUGCGAGAAAGGUAUUUAACAGUUAUCAU